AUGCCUAUUCGUAGAUACAAUAUGAUGUUUGCAUUUACAUCUAUGGCUGGUAAGACUGAUCAUGCCAUUAACUCUGGAGGUGGUCAUUAUGUUUAUCGAAUGCAUGGACAAAAUUAUCAUAUUGCAGGCAGCUUACUACCAGAGGAAGGUGAAUUACCGAAAUUUUGCCAAUUGUAUAUAUACGAUACAGAUCACGAGAUUGACAAAAGAUUCAAUGCAUACGAUUCAAAAAAGAAAAAGUCAACAUCUCAUAAUUCAAUGGGAAAUCCUUUUUCACUGGAGUUCUUGACUGUUCAUGAGCUAAUGGGUUUAUUGGAUUUUAUAAAUCCAUUAGUUAAGCAAUUUAGAAUGGCACGUGAUCGAUUUGGAUCGAAUCCAACAGAGCGUAUUAGGCUUAAAUUAAUUGGGACAAGAGAAAAGGACGGUAGACAGUAUAAUCUUCCUACCACAAGUGAGGUUGCUGCACUUAUUGUAGUUUACCGAAGACGCGACAACGGAAACAAUGUCGUGAAAAAUGGAUUUUCUUUGGACAAUAGAUAUGUUGUUCCAUAUAAUAAGACACUUUUAAAGCAAUACCAAGCCCAUAUGAAUCUUGAGUGGUGUAAUCAGCUUGGAUCGAUAAAGUACAUUUUUAAGUAUAUUAACAAAGGUCCAGACAGGAUCACCGCGUCUUUUUACGACGCCAAAAAUAACAAAAAACAACAUAAAGAAAAUAACGAUCGUGACGAAAUUGUUGAGUAUUACAAUUGUCGUUAUAUUUCUGCUUGUGAGGCAUGUUGGAGACUUUUUAGGUAUGACAUUCAUUAUAGAACACCACCUGUUGAAAGAUUGUCGUUUCACCUACAAGACAAACAACCUGUUGUGUUUAAACCAUCCCAACGUGUUACUAAUGUUACUAAUGUUGUUUCUAAACCAACUAUUGCUGCUUCUCAAUUUUUGGCCUGGAUGGAAUGUAAUAGCUACGACGAAAAGGCAAGGGAGUUAUCCUAUGUUGAAUUUCCAACUCAAUAUGUUUGGAAUAAAUCAGAUAAAGUAUGGACAAGAAGAAAAACAAAGACAAAGUCACUUGGAAGAAUUAAUCAUGUGUCUCCCAAGUCUGGUGAUGUUUAUUACUUGCGCAUUUUGCUCAACAAAGUAAAGGGUCCUACUUGCUAUGAAGAUAUUAGAACGGUUAAUGGGACCGUUUAUGACUCUUACAAAGAUGCUUGCUACGCUCUUGGUCUAUUAGACGAUGACAGAGAGUACAUAUCUUCUAUACAAGAAACACAUCAUUGGGCCACCGCUUCUUUCUGCAGGUCUCUAUUCGUUAUGUUGAUUACAUCAGAUAGUCUAUCCCGACCUCAUCAUGUUUUUAAAGAGACAUAUAAUUGUCUUUCUGAUGAUGUUGUUCACGUUCGUGAACAAGAAAUAGGCGUGAAAGGCUUGAAGCUAAAACCGGAAGCAAUUUACCACCUAACGUUGUCGUACAUUAAGAAAUCUUUAUUGAGCUGUGGACUGAGUCUUAAGCAAAUACCCAAUAUGCCAUUAUCUGAUCACAAAUAUAUUCAAGAUUCUUGCAAUAUGUUAAUUCAAGAUGAGCUUAAUUAUGAUUUGUCCAGUCUUGAAUCUAUCUGA